CUAUAUUCCCUGACAAUGAGUCAAACUAACAUUGAGUGCAACUACGACGAUGCUCCCGUCGAUUCCUUCGACGACUUGGACUUGGAUGAGAACCUUUUACGAGGAAUCUACUCGUAUGGUUUCGAGAAGCCUUCGGCUAUUCAAUCGAGAGCUAUCAAGCCUUUGAUUGCCGGUCGCGAUACCAUCGGCCAGGCCCAGUCUGGUACUGGUAAAACCGGCGCCUUCACCGUCGGCUGCCUUGCUCGUGUUGACCCCAAGCUCAGAGCUACUCAGGCCCUUAUCCUCGCCCCUACUCGUGAGCUUGCUCAGCAGAUCACUUCGGUCACCAAGUCCCUUGCUGACUUCCUCGACAUCAGGUGCCAUGCCUGCAUUGGUGGCACUGCUGUUCGUGAGGACAUUGAGAAGCUCCGUGAGGGGCAGCACGUCGUGGUUGGCACUCCUGGUCGUGUCUUCGAUAUGGCCAACAAGAGGCAUCUGAGGUUGGAUGACCUUAAGAUCUUCGUCCUUGAUGAGGCCGAUGAGAUGCUCUCUCGAGGGUUCAAGGAUCAGAUCUACGAUGUCUUCCGUCUCUUGCCCAGCAAUGUCCAGGUCGCAUUGUUCUCCGCCACCCUGCCCGAUGACAUCAUUCAGCUGACUACCAAAUUCAUGCGUGACCCCGUCCGAAUCCUCGUCAAGACUGAUGAGUUGACCUUGGAAGGUAUCCGUCAGUUCUACAUUGCCAUUGAUUCUGAGGAGUAUAAGUUCGAUACCCUCAAGGAUUUGUAUGAGACCCUCACCAUCACCCAGGCUAUCAUCUACUGCAACACCAGGAGAAAGGUCGACUACCUCGCCGAGAAGAUGCAUGAGGCCGAUCACACCGUCUCCUGCAUGCAUGCUGACCUCACCCAAGAGGAGCGUGAUUUGAUCAUGCGAGAGUUCCGUUCUGGCAGCUCUCGUGUGUUGAUCUCUACUGAUCUCUUGGCCCGUGGUAUUGAUGUACAACAAGUGUCUUUGGUCAUCAACUAUGAUAUCCCGGCUUCGAUCGAGAACUACCUCCAUCGUAUUGGUCGUGGUGGUCGUUUCGGUCGUAAGGGUGUUGCCAUCAACUUCGUCGUCCCUGAGGACAUCAGCCAGCUACGUGAGAUUGAACGUCAUUACAACACCCAGGUCGAUGAGAUGCCUAUGGAUGUUGCUGACUUCCUCUAAGCUGCUUCUGCGACGUUGAUGAUAAUAGCAAGGUCGUCGUUAUAGGAGUAACACAUUCUUAGACUUGCGUCAUGACUGUCAAUACCGUCUUGCUGUAUCAGCUACUACUGUUGGUCAACUAAUAUUGAAUAUAUCGUCUGUUGGUGGCACUCGCUUUGACGAUAUUAUCAGUAUAGUUUUCCACUGCCAUUUUGAGGUGUUGUCAUUCAUGAGUGCAUCUGGUUCUUGUACUACUCCCGUAUCGAUCUAUCAUGACGCCAUAGUAGUUGUGUGCUGUUAUCAUCUGGAUAAUAGUUGUGGUUAUCGAGUGCCCUCACUGUGUUGGCAUUUUUCCUCUUCUCUACUCUUAUUUAUUCUGGUGAGAUCAACGUUAAGUCUGCGCGUUGUUUUCAUUUGAAUUCCUCUGUAAUAUGCUAAGCUUAUAGCAUCGAUUACCAUCAGUGUCAUUGCUUCACGUUCGUUCACCAUCAUUGAUGUGGUAAUGUUUCAGAAACAAUGUCGCUACUGCUACCCUACACGUCUCCCUCUAUCACUGAGUUCUUAUUGUCAGUAACUAGUACAACGCUAGGAGUUAUGUACAACAGCUGAAGUCGAGUCUCUUGCUACUACUAGUAGCAGUACUCUCCUCGACAACGUCAAUGAUCAAGGGCCCUCGAAAUACGAUCUUCCGAGACAGAGGUUUCAAUUUCGUAUUUGUCGUUAUCAUGAUGAGCAUCUGGUCAACCUACUUGAAACGCGGCUAGAUGAAUGCUUUCUGUUGUGUGUAACAUUCGAGAUUCCUAUGGUUAUGUAUGCAACUUAGUUAUCGUACACCUGUCAGCGGUAGUACAGCAUAUUCACAGUUCUUUGUUGAGGGUUAUAAAGCAUAGUGGUAGUAGUAUCGUGAGUGAGGACGAUAAUCACAUCGAUGACGGUGUAGGUAGAUGGUCUACUGUCCUGGUACUCCUGUAACCGUU